AGCCCCUUCCUCGCCUUAUCUUUUGUAAUCUCUCUCUCUCUGACUCACUCAACUUGGAGCUUCAUUCUUAAGCCGCCUUAUGCGCCUGUUUCGAGCUCUCCUCGCUUCAGCCCGAUCCCUACGCCAGCUCCCCUCCCCCUCCCCCGGGAACAUCUCCGCCCUCACCCCACUUACCCGAGCCAGCCCGUUUCAAUCCGCCAUCCAGCCCGCUUUCAUCAGACGCACAAUGGCCACCGCAAUGGCAAAGCGCCUCGAGGGCAAGACCAUCGUAGUCACGGGCGCCUCGUCCGGCAUCGGCCGCAGCACGGCCAAGGAGUUCGCGCGCACCGCGCCCAAGGACCUGAAGCUGAUCGUGACGGCGCGGCGGAUCGACUCCCUGAAGCAGCUGGCUCAGGAGAUCAAGGAGGAGGUCGGGGAGGGCGUCAAGGUUCUGCCCGUGCAGCUGGACGUCAGUAACCCCGAGGAGAUCAGGAACUUUGUGCCGUCCCUGCCCGCCGGGUUCCAGGAGAUCGAUGUGCUGGUGAACAAUGCCGGCCUCGUUAAGGGCGUCGCUAAGGCCCCCGAGAUCGAUACCCAGGAUAUCGACGUCAUGUUCUCGACCAACGUCACCGGCUUGAUCAACAUGACCCAGGCUAUUCUCCCCAUCUUCCAGAAGAGAUCCGACGGCGGCCGCGGAGAUAUCAUCAAUAUCGGUAGCAUUGCCGGUCGCGAGUCCUACCCCGGUGGAAGCAUCUACUGUGCCACGAAGGCGGCCGUUCGGUCCUUCACCGAUGCGCUGAGAAAAGAGCUGAUUGCGUCGAGAAUCCGGAUCAUCGAGAUUGACCCUGGUCAGGUCGAGACCGAGUUCUCCGUGGUGCGGUUCUACGGUGACAAGGAGAAGGCCGAUGCCGUUUACGCUGGUUGCGAACCCCUUACCCCCGAUGACAUCGCCGAAGUUGUUGUAUUUGCUGCUGGCCGGCGCGAGAACGUCGUCAUCGCCGACACUCUGAUCUUCCCUAGCCACCAGGCUUCCCCCGGUAUCAUGCACCGCAAGGCCUAGCUACAUGAGCGGCCGAUGGAACACGAAGUACAUAAAGGCAGGGCAACCGCCAAGUUAUGAUGGAUAAAUAAUUGGCACAAGCUAG